CUGCUGUAGCCAAUGAUAAACCGCUGUUGAGUGCGCACUCGUUUGGCUGACGACGACCAUGGAGCGGAGUCGUGUCCUCUUCGGCGUUUCAAACUUUUAGCGUUUAGUUUCAUUUCGGGCAGAACGGAGCGUUUCCCUGAGCUGGAAUGGGGGAGAUAGAAGGUUCAUACAGGGUCCUGCAGACCCCUGGCACAAGACUGGGAGCCCAGUUCAAUGCUGGGAUCAGCACUCUGGAGCCGGGCCAGAGUCUCAGUGGCAACAUGGUCAACAGGAGAAUAAGCCAAGGCAGAGGAAUACAGAUCCGUGUGCAGGGGCUGGACGACUCUCAGGAGUUCUUUGAUAUAGAACCAAAGGCUCUUGGACAGAUCCUUCUCUCUGAGGUUUUCCACAGAGGCAACCUCAUAGAGAGUGAUUACUUUGGCCUCGAGUUUCAGAACAUGCAGAUGAACUGGGUUUGGCUGGAACCCACAAAACCCAUUUCAAAACAAGUCAGAAGACCAGCAAAUACACUUUUUAGACUGUCAGUGAAAUUCUUUCCCCCCGAUCCGGGUCAGCUGCAGGAGGAGUACACCAGGUAUUUAUUCUCCCUGCAAAUGAAAAGGGAUCUGAUGGAGGGCAGGUUGAUCUGCACAGAAAAUACUGGUGCCCUGCUGGCCUCUCACCUUGUCCAAUCGGAGAUCGGCGACUACGAUGACACAGCAGACAGGGAAUACCUGAGGAUAAACAAGCUGUUACCUUACCAAGAGAAAGUACAAGAACGGAUCAUGGAGCUCCAUCGCAGGCACCUGGGGCAGACUCCUGCUGAAUCAGACUUCCAGAUCCUAGAGAUCGCCCGUAAACUGGAAAUGUACGGCGUCCGCUUCCACCCAGCAGCUGAUCGCGAAGGCACAAAGAUCAACCUCUCUGUCGCUCACAUGGGCCUGCAGGUUUUUCAGGGCCACACAAAAAUAAAUACCUUCAACUGGUCCAAGAUUCGCAAACUGAGCUUCAAAAGAAAACGUUUCCUGAUCAAGCUUCACCCAGAAGUCCAUGGCCCCCAUCAGGACACUCUUGAAUUUUUGAUGGGCAGUCGAGACCAGUGCAAAGUCUUCUGGAAGAUCUGCGUGGAGUACCACUCAUUCUUCCGACUGUUUGACCACCCACAGCCCAAAUCCAAAGCUGUCCUUUUCACUAGAGGCUCCUCUUUCAGAUACAGUGGAAGGACCCAGAAGCAGCUUGUGGAAUAUGUCAGGGAAAAUGGAGCAAAGCGGACCCCUUACCAGAGAAGGAACAGUAAAGUAAGAAUGUCGGCUCGAUCCCUCGCAACCGAUGUGCCAAAACAGAGCUUUUCAUUCAAUGACAGUCUCAGGUCCCCGGGCUUGUCUUCCUCCGCAGCCGUGACUUUCCAGUCAAUGCACAUCCCUAGCGUUUUCCCGCUAACAGAACGCCAACCUCAGCCCCAGCCUUUGACCGCACUGAGUCAGUCUCCAGCACCUUCUCAGCAGCACCAGCUUCAGUCCCCUCUGCAAGCCACCAGACCCCCCAGCCCUCCGAAGGAAGAGCUCAUCAAGCCUACUUCCCCGUCACCCUACGCUUUUCAAGAUUCAGUGGUGGACAGCCCUCAGCUCUCCCCCGUCGCCUCCAAAGGUCCCCUCUGCCUGUCGCCCUCCUUCCAGAUGUCGAACCUCAGCCUGCCGGGCCAGACCCCGUCGCCCCUGCAAAGCCCCAUCCUGAGCGAGGUGGGCAGCAAUGCCAGGCUAGAGGAGGAGGAGGAAGGCAGGAGGAAGCGAUAUCCCACCGAUAAGGCCUAUUUCAUUGCCAAAGAGAUUCUGACCACAGAGCGAACAUACCUGAAGGACCUCGAGGUCAUCACUGUGUGGUUCCGUAGUGCUGUGAUCAAAGAAAACGCCAUGCCCGAAGGCCUGAUGACCCUCCUGUUCUCCAACAUCGACCCCAUCUACGAGUUCCACCGAGGUUUCCUGAAGGAAUUGGACCAGAGACUGGCUCUCUGGGAGGGGCGUUCAAAUGCUCAUGUCAAAGGAGACUACCAGAGGAUUGGCGACGUGAUGCUGAAGAACAUGUGUGCCCUUAAGGAAUUCACCAGUUAUCUACAGAAACACGAUGAAGUGUUAACAGAGCUGGAGAAGGCCUCCAAGAGGCUGAAGAAGCUGGAGACUGUCUACAAAGAGUUUGAAUUGCAGAAGGUCUGCUACCUGCCCCUCAACACAUUCCUGCUCAAGCCCAUCCAGCGACUCAUGCACUACAAGCUAAUCCUGGAGAGACUGUGCAAGCAUUAUUCCCCUGCCCACCGCGAUUAUGACGACUGCAAGGAGGCUCUGAAGGAAGUGGCGGAGAUAGCCACUCAGCUUCAAAGCAGUCUUAUCCGGCUGGAGAAUUUCCAGAAGCUCACAGAGCUGCAGAGAGACCUGAUCGGCAUCGAGAACUUGACUGCACCAGGCAGGGAGUUCAUUCGAGAGGGGUGCUUGUACAAGCUCACCAAAAAGGGGCUACAGCAGAGGAUGUUUUUCCUGUUCUCUGACAUGCUCCUUUACACAAGCAAAGGUGUUACAGCAACCAAUCAGUUCAAAGUCCAUGGACAGCUGCCCCUUCAUGGCAUGAUAGUAGAGGAAAGUGAAAAUGAAUGGUCGGUGCCUCACUGCUUCACUAUUUACUCUGCUCAGAGGACCAUUGUGGUGGCUGCCAGUGAGCAGAAAAUCCCGUUUGGACACAAACACCCCAAACGUGCUGUUAAUCCCUCCCCCUCCUCUCCUCUACACAACUUCCUGUCCUCCAUCCUCCCCCCCUUAGGGUCGUCCGACGAGGUUUCUCUGGAGCAGGAGUCUGAGGAUGACAUGAACUCCUCCCGCACUUCACUGGACAAGCAGACACACCACCGUGCCAACACAACCAUGCAUGUGUGCUGGCAUCGCAACACCAGUGUGUCUAUGUCUGACCACAGCCUGGCUGUGGAGAACCAGCUCUCGGGUUAUCUCCUGAGGAAGUUCAAGAACAGUAACGGUUGGCAGAAACUCUGGGUCGUUUUCACCAACUUCUGCUUGUUCUUCUAUAAGACACAUCAGGACGACUUCCCGCUGGCUAGCCUUCCACUGCUCGGCUACACGGUCAGCACGCCCGAGGAAUCGGACAGCAUUCACAAGGAGUAUGUCUUCAAACUUCAGUUCAAGUCUCACGUAUACUUUUUCAGAGCAGAGAGCGAGUACACCUUUGAAAGAUGGAUGGAGGUGAUCAAAAGUGCAGCGAGCACUACAGGCAGGAUGAGCCUCCUCAUACCUAAAGGAGGUCCCAUGGAGAUCAACGGAAACUGAAAUGAGCGUCGUGUAUCUGGAGGCUGGGCCUCUGGGGCAUCAGAGACUUGUCGGUGUCAUUUCUAUGUGAAAUAGACAUUUAAACAUUAACAAAUGAAAGAUACUGCCAGUUUCAAGUGUUAACAUUUUUCUUCUUGAUUCUAAUGGUCUCUGCAUUUUGCUUGAUUAAUGAUGUAAAUGGUAACAUUUUUCCCACUAUACAGGAUAUAAUGAAAGGGAGAGGUGUACAUUAUGAGCUUUUUUUUUUUUUUCCUGCAUAUGUUGUCUUCUUGUUUCUUUGAUCGCAUAGACUGAUGGGAGAUGCUGUUUUUAUGGGACCAACACAAAGGGCUUAAAUUCAGGUUUUCUGAAGGACUGAAGCUUUACUGGGUACAGUACUGUACCGGGACUGACUGGGAUACAGAUGAAAUACAGUAUGUGGGAAAUGAAGGUACUGCAAAUUGUAUGUGCUCUCUAAACUGUACUUUGAAAGCGCUGAGGGCAUUAGUGAGGAAGAGGUGAACGGGAAGGUAAUGAGAUGCUGAAGCAAGUGGGAGACUCGAAGAUUUGGGAAGUUUUAGGGAAUUCACGCUGCUGCGAGGAAGCAGGAUUUGUUUCUAUACUCUGAGGCCAGACCUGAUUGCUUUAUUUGCUCCGAGUGGGAGAAUGCAAUCAGUGUUUGAAACUUUUAAAAGGGAGCUGUUGUGUUUUAUGCGCCUGGUUAGUUAGGCAGCGUUAAGGUCAGUCUGGUGCUACAGUUCUCUCUUUUAAUAUCUCAUGUUUCCUGUUUUUAUGACCCAUAGGGAUUAACUACUUGAGGACAUGCUGUGCAACAAUUUUUUUUCUAGUGUUUACUUUGUGAAAUUUGCAGAUUUUCCUUCUAAAAGCUAAAGAGAACAUAUUUUUAAGUAAUCGUUUGAGGAUGACUUGCCACAUGUCAGACUUUUACACGAAUGGGAGCUGCACAGAUAAUGUAGCGUUUUACAUGAAUCCAUGGUAUUAUUUGGUUUAUAUAUUUUUAAGAAGACUGGAAUCUUGUCACUCUGUGUGUGAUGUGUUUAUAUAUAUUUUUUUGUGUGUGUGUUUGUGGUGAAGCCAAGCGUGCAGUCCUACUUGCACCUCCCUCCCCCUCCCCACCUCUGGAGCUUAAAGAGAAAGUGAUGAUGGAGGUAAUCUCCGAACCAUCAGGCAUUCUGUGCGAGUAAGAGGCAGACUCUGCUGCACACUUAACCAGUAUGUUAUUCCUAUUUAUUGUGUAGGAUGUCGUCAGGGCCAGGCUCCUGAAUACGCUCAUGUAGUCUUCAUGUUAUUCCAUUUAAAAACCUAACAAAUAAAGCAUAAUUUGAAUC